GCCCUUUGCUGCAGAUGUUGAACAGAUGAAUGCGCCUCCUUCUGUGCUCCUCUUGAACGCCAGCAAUGACCGGGUGGACCAGCGCACUUGCCUGAUCUGUGGGGACCGAGCGACGGGCCUGCAUUACGGCAUCAUCUCCUGCGAGGGCUGCAAGGGCUUCUUCAAGCGCAGCAUCUGCAACCGGCGGGUGUACCGAUGCAGCCGCGACAAGAACUGCAUCAUGUCUCGCAAGCAGCGCAACCGGUGCCAGUACUGCCGACUCCUGAAGUGCCUCCAGAUGGGCAUGAACCGGAAAGCCAUCCGUGAAGACGGCAUGCCCGGGGGCCGGAACAAGAGCAUUGGGCCUGUCCAGAUCUCGGAGGAAGAGAUCGAACGGAUCAUGUCCGGCCUGGAGUUUGAAGGAGAGGCCAACAUCUCCUGGUGUAACAACGGAGACAGCGACAACAGCUCGCCGGGCAACGGGGUGUCGGAAAGCAACCAGCCUUCCCCGGUCUCGACUCCGUCUUCGAGGUCCGUGGAGAUGAACGGGUUUACGGUUCUCAGGGAUCAGUACAUGGGCACCCCAGUGUCCGCCCCCUACCAGUACCUGCCGCACCUUCUCAGCUGCCCGACUCACACGGCGCUGAUGCCCCCGCAGCCCCGCAGCCUCGACCCCCAGGCCCACGGGCUCCUCAUCAGCCAGCUGGUGUCCGCGGAGGACUUGGAGCCCUUGGGCACCCCGAUGCUGAUUGAAGACGGGUACCGAGUGACCCAGGCCGAGUUGUUCGCCCUUCUGUGCCGGCUGGCCGAUGAGCUCCUCUUCCGCCAGAUCUCCUGGAUCAAGAAGCUGCCCUUUUUCUGCGAGCUGUCCAUCAAGGACUACACCUGCCUGCUGAGCUCCACCUGGCAGGAGCUAGUUCUCCUCUCCUCCCUCACCGUCUACAGCAAGCAGAUCUUCGGGGACCUGGCGGACGUCACCGCCAAGUAUUCGCCCUCCGACGAUGAGCUCCACAGGUUCAGCGAAGAAGGGAUGGAAGUGAUGGAAAGGCUCAUCUACCUGUACCGCAAGUUCAGCCAGCUGAACGUCAGCAACGAGGAAUACGCCUGCAUGAAGGCCAUCAAUUUCCUCAACCAAGAUAUCCGGGGCCUGACCAAUGCCUCGCAGCUGGAGCAGCUGAACAAGCGAUACUGGUACGUCUGCCAGGACUUCAUGGAGUUCAAAUACCCACACCAGCCAAACCGAUUCCCAGAUCUGAUGAUGUGUCUGCCAGAGAUCCGGUACAUCGCAGGAAAAAUGGUCAACGUCCCCCUGGAGCAGCUCCCGCUCCUCUUUAAGGCCGUCCUGCACUCCUGCAGAGCCUCCAUGAACAAGGAAUGAAGCCGGCUGUGACACCCCUGCAACACUCCCACCCCCCCAACACA